AUGCUGUCACUGGCCAAAAUGCACUCCAGAGCAAAAUCCCGGAGUUGCGACAACUACCUGAGUAUUAAGGUAAGAGCUUGAAAUCGUGUCCCGAAUAGCUCUGCUGUGAUCUUGUUGAAGUUCUUUGUUUGCCUGUCGAGAACUUUAGCAUUUUUGUUUCUUUUUCUGUGCUGAGGGUUAGCCCUCAUGGCUUCCUGGGAACCUGGAGCAGUUGUGCUGUGUGUGUUUAUGUGUGUGCUUGUGUGUGCCAUGCACAUUCAUGGGAUAGAUGUUUUUGUCUCAGCUUGCAGACAGCUGAUAUUUUGACUCCUUAUCUCUAGUCAAAACAUAGCACAUUGCCUCAAUACAUUUGUAUAGUGAGGAGCUAAUGCAGUGGAAACGUUGAUCUAAUCUAGCAUGUUACUGCUUUUAUAUGACUUCAGUUUGAUUCACUUUGAACUAUCAGCGCCCAUGUUGUGUACAAAAGACUUGUCUGCUAUUCUCACAUACAGGCCUGUUUAUAGCGCUGUGUGUUAACUUUGGAGGCCAUUGUAAAAUAAUUACUCACUCCUCAACAGGCCCUCCACCUGUUGGACAUCCUGCACUACUGAAAAGAGGUUAUCUCUAGAUGGUUUAGGACAACUCAGGUUAAUUCCUCACGCAUUUUCUUUGAAUGUUGGAAUUUUAUCUGCAACAAAAACCCUUAGAAAAUUGUAAGUUUUGAUAAAAGUGCUGUUUAUCAUUUCAAGGCUCAGUAGAAUACACAAGUUUGUAUCCUCCAUGAUAAGUCUGUUUCCUCUAUCAUUCUCCCACUUGUUUUGGUAUGCACCAAUGCUAUAUUUACCCUCUCUACCCUUUGUUAGUCUCCUUUGUCUCUCCUGUCACCUCUCAUCAAUGCUCUGGUCGGUUGAAGAACCCCCACUCACGUUUGGUCCUCUUGUUUGGGUUUCUUUUAUACAAAGAGCUAAUCAAAUAUUUGAAUUAAUUCGAGGUAUCAAACAUCAAUCUUUACGGUCAGUGAGGUCUACCGGGGUUGCUCUGGAACAAUAUCCUGUAAAAGUUGUUUACAUCCUGUCGCGCGGGGUCAUUAGUCGCAGACCGACAACAUAAGUCAUGUCUUUCUGACAACCAGCAUGGAAACUUGUCAAACAGUUGAGGUAGUUUGUUUUUUUUUACCUUAUUUCAAAGGGAAAUUUACAGCUCUCUAUCUUUUGGCUUUACACCUUACACAGUAGCCCAAAGCCUGAUAAUCAACACAGGUGUUAGCUGUAGCUGUAGCAGGAGAUAGUCUGACAGACCGUAAAAACAAUGUCAAGGAAAAUGAAGCUCAUUUGCCGUAGAUAAGUGGGUGGGCCUGUAGAUUACCACCAGACUUCCAUUACUGUUGACCUGUCACCUGACAGACCUCACUGUGUUGGUCUGAGAAUCAGCGUGGGCCUCUGAGGGUUAAAGUUUAUCUGCUGAGAUAACAUUACAGCAUUUGGUUAAGUGUCUUUGUGCAAAGACGUUCUGAUAUUGUGCUGUUGUCUGAUGAAGAGAUUGAUCAUGCAGUCUCUUUGUGAUGUUGUUUAUAAGUUUAAUGCAUUUCAGUUUGAGUUUGAUAUACUCAGGUGACAUUUGUAAACUGUUGUGUGAGAAGACAACUGGAAUAAAAUAUGUGCAACAUACACUCUAAGCUCCAAAGAAUUUGGUUAUAAAGGGUAGUUGCAAGUUGCUUAUUCUCUGUUAUUGAUGAAACUCUGAAAGUCUCUGUCGCUUUUGAAUACUGUUUGUUUUUAGGUAUCCCACGGUCUCUUCUCACUUUCCUCUCCUCAUGAGAUAGUAUUCCUGUGGGUAUGGAUCAAAAGCUGAAUCAAACUGCACACUCAAUGCUCAGGUCUCACUAGGCUCCUUUGUUUGCGCCCUGGCACCUGGCAGUGGUGCAGGUCUGUUCAACCUGUAGCCUUUGUCGGCAUUGCUGCCUGUGAGGCUGUUACCAGGUUGGUUAGUGAGCAGUCUGUAUGGGGGCUCCAGGGCUCUCCUGUUACACUCCCCUGGUGGCUUCAUGCUCCACUGGAGGCCUGGUAGGCAGCGCCUUUUGUGUCCCUGACCCACUAAAUAUGUCAGUGACCACCUCUUGCUCUCGCUCUGUCUUUGUAGGUCUCUUACUCUCUCAUUCUCCGCCAUAAUCCAUACACCCCUUCUUUUUCCUUUACUUUCUUUGUUCCUCUACUUUCCUAUGUGAUGCCAACACUAACAAACAUUUGUCGUGUGAAUAAUUGAUAUUCUCAGGAAACACCUAAAGUACGACAGCUUUUUUAGUGGCCUACAAACUUCCCCUCGGAUUAUCAUAUAAUAUGUUCAGACCUCAACGAUACCCUAUAUAUCUCUAUAUAAGUGAAUCAAGCCUUAGUAAUUGCCGAAAGGCUAAAGCCCUCCAUCGUUUAGCCGACUUUCUGGUUCUGUGCCCCUUUUGAACAGCUGGUUUACUUAUGGCGUAGACAAAACCGUCCCACCUGGAGCUUGAAGCCAUUAAUUACCACCUCAGCCCUCCAUCAGACAGGAGGCUGCUUACAGAGACCUGGCAUCAGAAAGGGUGGGACUUCCCAGUCUGCUUGUGUCCUGUCUGAGGGUCUGAGGGCUACACACAUUACAUUCCUCUGUGGUUUAGAGCGGAUGGGGAGCUCCACUUUGGUGGCUAUACUCAGGCGUUGUGCUGAGACAUGCAGAUAUGUCUUCCAUUAACUAGGUGAAACUUUUUGGAAAAGCUCUUUGACAAUGGAAAACCAUUUGACAGUAAAAUGAAGCAUGUCUUGGUCCUGAUUUGACAACAACUGCAUGAGGGAUGUUUUUUGUAAAUUAUCUGUCAUGAAUCUAUUAAGACUAAAAGUUAUGCGAAGAUUAACAUCAUUUGCAGCACAGUUGAUUGGCGUGACGGGCCUGGAGUCUAAAGUCGCAGCUGAACUCGGAAUGCUAGGUCACAUUGAGCCGGCAUCUUAAAUAAAGCUGCCAUGAUCUUUUUGCCUGAUAACACUUCUCCAGAUACCUAUAUGUGACCGUGUCCAUGUUCCAUACAGUCUAUGAUUAUACAGUAGUAUUAAAACCUUGCUUGAGUGCUCACACACUUCAGUGGUGGUAAUUUACUCAGUGCUUAUAAUUAGCUAUUAUCUAGAGUUUUUUAAUGUGUCGUUAAAUAUGGCCUGUUAUUGUUCCUCUGUCACCUCAGUACAACAUGUUAAAUGACAGUGAGUUAUAUCAGAGCUGAAGUUUCUUUUGAAUGUGAAUUAACUUUUCUUCAAAACACUCCUCCUAUUUCUCCCACAGGUCUCUUUUCUUUUUUCCCCCGGGAACCUGUCGAGAAACUCGUUGCAGUGUGCUAACUACAGUAUGUAGCGAGGGCUUUCCUCCCAUUGUUAGCUUUCCUCCAAUAAAACACCAUGUUAUUCUUCUCCUCCCGGGUGUAACAGUGACUAAUGUCCAGAGACAUUUUUGUCUCCCUAAAAGCAGACGGGCUGCUAAUGGAGGUGGGCGUUUUGUUUCAGGGCACCAGCGCUGUACAGCACAUAGCACUUAGGGAGGCGGAGUGCACAAUGACCGCCUUGUAGUAGAGUCGUGGCAUGUGUACCAAUGCGCUGAACUGUACUUGCUCCCCUCUAAUUGAUGGUCCUUAGCUGCUUAGAUAAACAGGACAGAUCUUACAAAGGGUGAAACAUGGGCUGUCUGACAAGGUGAAUUCACAAGGCAAUAUUUUUCUUUCUAUGCAUCUGAUUUUACACACUUGUACUGUGAUGCAAAUGCAGCAUAGACAUUCAAGUAGCUGUGAGAGCGGGAUCCUUAACCCCCACGUUCCUCGGUAUGGCACACAGUUGUCAUAGUGUGGGACUUUCCCUGUCUAUCUGUGUGGUUAUCAUUGGAGGCAGAUGUCUCUAUACAACUGCUGUUCCAUUCGGGAAGGACAGAUAGCAGAGGGAUGUUUGGCCUUGGCUCUGACAGCUAAGAGGGAGGGUCAAAGCCUGAACCGUGUACAUAACUAUUACACAAGGUCGACCUCACUCACGACUGCUUGUAUGACAAAUGUCCCAUAUCGGAAAAAGUUGUACUGCCGGUGUCAGACAUGCUGUUUGUAUUUGGUGGGGACAGGUGGUGUCAUGAAGAGGUCAUUUAGUAGCCAGUGAUGACAUGGUUGUUAUUAGUGGGAAUCACUGCAUUAUCACAACAACUGGAGUCCAGUGUGGACUUUCCAGUUCUGCUGUUUAUGUCCGCUAAUGGUGACGUCACUCCAACCAGGUGUUUCCCCUCUCUGAUGGAAAGACCAUCAUGGUGGUCAUUUCCCGUCACGGUCGAACUUCCUGACUGUCUGGCUUAGCUGAAUCAUGAUCAGUUGAUAAAGUUUGUGUGCAGCUUCAUUUUUAUUUAAAUUAGAUGAAUGUACAGUAAGGAAACGCCUCGUUAUUUUGACAGUCACACUACAUCUGCUCAGUAUUUUGUGUCAUAAUAACAGUACGGUGUAGUCAUAUAAAAAGAUUUUUUUAAUCAUUAAAGAAUGUUGUGUAUAGAUUAGGCCUGGACGAUAUAGAAAAAAAGCAUAUCGAUAAAAAAUAAAUCAUAUUGAUCGAUAUCGAUAAUUAUCGAUAUAAUUAUUAUAAUUAUUUAACAUAUAUUUUAAUUGCAGCCCUGGAUGUUUUAUGCUAUUGCUUAAUGACCUACUUUUAAUAAAGAACACACAAGCACUGAAUUCAAAUUCAAACCUUUAUUCAACCACCUUUUUUUUUUUUACCACAACUGAAAGUUUUUUUUAAAAAGAACUUAAAAAAAAAAAUAAAUCAACUUAAGUGGCCUGAGUGACGUCAGUAAAUACUGACAAACAUAAAGACUAAAGUGACCAGAAAAUCUGAUAAAUAAAUAUUUAAAUAGUCUUUUGAUGAAAAUAAACAAAACAAACAAAUAUAUAAAUAAACAGAAUAGCUUUAGGUGGGAAUAGCAUACUACCAGUUUUAACUGUGUGGGAAACUGCCCACAGCCUGGUGUCUGAACACUGAAAUAUUUCUCCUGGGGUCGGGAGAUUUAUUUUUUUUAAUUAUCAUGUGAUUGACUUAUUAAACAAACUAAGCACGAGAAGCAGGACUUAUCCACGCCGGUGUUGUGUCGUAGAAUGCACCCCUGCCGAAUGCCCCCCUGCUAGUAGCCAUGAUCCAAAUACUCGCGUCUUUGUAAAAUAUGAGCUCAUUUUCUUCCACUUUAAGAAGCUACACCGGAGCGUAUUUCCUCCGCACCCUUCUCACCUUUUCAACCCCUGACCCAUUUUCAUGCCUGAAGCGCUGUGUUUGAGAAAUACUUGCGGCCGGGCACUUCAUAUCGCGGGUCGAGAGUGGCUAGAAGCUGGUCGAAGCCAGGCUUUUCAACGGUAGUUAUUGGCAGUAUGUCCCUCGCUAUGGAGCAUGUUACUGCAUGGGUGAUGUCCUUAUGCCGCUUGGACGCUUUGUCGUAUUUUGGCAAGAAACGAAGUCCAGUUUGGUCUGCUUCACUUGCUUUGUGCUGGUGCUAACAGCGGUUCCAGAGGAUUCCUCCGACGACGACGUGGAGCCGCGGCGCGGCCGACACAGCUCGUACUCCUGCGGGUGCGACCGGUUUAGAUGGUAAAACAAGUUGGUUGUGUUACCGGACUUGGUUUUUACUAAUUCUCUGCAAAUUUUGCAAACGACCGCUGUUUGCUUUUUGUCAGACUUCUAAAAACCAAAACAUUGCCAUGUUGGUGAACUACUGAAACCUUUUUUCGGGACAAUUUCCUCCGCUUCUCCUUGCUGUUACAUUAUUUCUAAUACACGUGCUGUCUGUUGUGGUUUGAUAGGGGCUGGGCUUGGUGCCGUAGCGUACCUGGGUCUGCGUUUGUGAUUGGUUGGGAGGAAGUAAUGACUGUAGUAAAAGCUACAUGAUAGGCUAUGAUGAAAAAGAAAGGGAAACUGUGUUUUUCUAUCGAACUUUUUAUCGACCCGUUUUUUUUCUAUCGCUCCACACGUCUAUCGAUCGAUAUAUAUUGUUAUCGAAUUAUCGUCCAGCACUAGUAUAGAUGUUCAUGGGCUCCUGAGGAUGAUCCCACUCUGAGUAUUUUUAAUUUUCCUUAAACUGACCCCAAGGUUGACAUUUUAAAAACAUAUCUUGCUGAUAGCUGGAUUAAUGGGCGUCAAAUUUGUUGGUUGAUAUGUAUAUUUAUUGCUAAUAAUCAAAUAUUGGCAUCAGAACCAUGAUUUUAUACAUGCCAGUGUUUUCAUUUUGAGUAGGCUAGCAGACCAAGACUCAUAGUUUUGCUCAUAGCACCUCAGUACCCUCCACAGCUUGGUGGAGCAUUUCAGUGAAUGCUAGUUUAAGUCUAACCUCUCAGCUGCAGGAGCAGUCUAACCUAUAAACAAAAAAAAGUUGUUAAGUAUUUCCUGACUCUCCUCACCUUUCUUUCCUUUGAGUAGUUGAAUUUUUUCUAUAGUGUCCUAAAUCAAACCAUUUCAAUUCAGUUAUUGGUUGGCUGUCCUACUGGCCAUAUUCACACUAAGUUGUUAAAAGCCGAUGAAGUGGACGUAACUUUGUUCAAAAGCGUCCCAAGCCAAAUCGGUUUAGUGGUUUUAUGCUCUAAUGUUUUGGGAAUGUCUUAGGAAAAAUGACUUUGAUGUGGCUUGAUCCGUCUUGUAACUAUGACAUAUUUAGCACACACUUUCCCCGAUUACACACGCCAACCUAAUCCAGCUCUUUUGUUCCCUUAGGACGCUGAGUCCUUGGACAACUGUAUACAGAGCACUUUGUCAGCUUUGUACCGACCCUUCAGUGCCACUGCUACCACAGUCCUCUGGCAGCUCUUCAGUGUGGUGGAAAGGCAGUACAGAGGAGACGGCCUCCGCUGCUUCAUUGACUUCUUGAUUCCCACCAAGAGGAUCCUGCAGAUCAUCCAACAAGAAACCUCUGUGAGUUUUUGUUGAUUAGCUGCUCCAUCGGUUAAAGUCAAAGAUAUAGCUAAAAGAAACAGUAGGGAUGUGCUGUAGUACGGUUGGAUGUAAAUCUUUUCAAAAAGAAUGGGUGAAAACAGGCGACCAUGACACAAGAAGGAAAAUAAUCAAUAAUAAAAGUGCCUCCAAACAUGUCUCAGUGUGUCAGGUCAUGCUGACUCUAUUACUGCCCUGGGCAAACGUAAAUCAUGGAAUAACACUGAGAUAAGACAGCGUGUUUGUGACUGAAGAAUGUGUGAAUGUUGGGUGUGAAUAUCUUGAGUGGGAAGGUCAAGCAUCAGAUUGAGACAGAGUCAAAUAUUGUUUGGAAAACACGCUGAAAGCAGCCAUCUUUCUCUGAACAGACAAACAGAAGGAAACUGUAGUCUGUUUGAAAGGCUGCCACGGACCUUUGGGCCCAAAAGUGAAAUUCAAGAGUGAGGGCUCCAUACUCAAAGCUCUGAAACUUUAGUCCCCUGUAUUCAACUCUACAGUGAUUACACUGUGACGAUAGCCACAGAGCAAUAGUUUCACCUAAGCCUAGCCCCUGAGAAAAGCUUGCCCUGCAUGAGAGUCUUUGUGGGGUAGGCAAUAUGAGAGGCUUCAGAGAACGAUCACAUCCUCAGUCUUUGCCUUGACAUAACAGAUGAAACAAGUCACCUCUUGAGAUCAGUUUCUGUGCUCUUAGGGUUUGUUUUUUUACAACGUCAGAGUGAAGAUUUGUUGUGGUUGCUGUGAAACCAGGCCUGAUCAGACAGGUUUUCCUCUGGCUGUACAGUCAUUGACAGUGAUUCAUCUGCUUUGUCCAAUGGAAACAUCCCGCCUCUGUGUUGGAGUUAAACAUGUGUUUGAACACGGCUUUUCAGGUGUCAGUUGUAAUGAUGCAAGUCGUACCACAGCUGAGCCAUGACUCAGAGCAAAAUAAUCGUUCUUUUUGAUGUGAAAAGGUACAACUCACUUCUCUGUUUGUUUUUUUUUCACAGGUGAGGUUCAGAGGAUUGUUAUUCUAUCAUGAGGGCUGGCCUCUCUGCAUCCACGAGAAAGUUGUGCUCCAGAUCGCCCCUCUGCACAAAGUCAGACUAAAGCAAGGAGACUUCUACUUACAAAUAGUUCCUCUGGGCCGCAAGACUGCGAAGCUCGUGAUAAAAUGUUUGUCCGCCAGUGGGCAGGCCAUUACAGAAAUCCCUGUCGCAGAGAGCAUGUAUGGCAGCGUCUUCACAGCUGAGUUCCUGCAGAAUGUGACACGAGACCGAAACCUGCACCCACUACAGAACUGUCUGCUCACCACCGGUACGGCCGUGUUCAGGACGCCGUGGAAGAACGUGGUCAACCCGCUUUUUGUCAAUAGUACAUCAGACGCCAUCAUGCAGGCGCGAUGCAGCAGUGGUGGAUUCCGCAGCCAGCUCAGCACCUGCAGCACGAGUGGAUCCACAGGAACUUUGGACAGCCACCGCAGCUCCAGAGAGUCCCUGCACUCUCAGGGAGAGUCCAUCUUCUCUGAGCCCACCUCCCCAAACAGACAGCACAGGGAACCCGACAGUGAGACCGACACUGUCAGCCCAUCAACCAGCAGAACACCCUUGAUUAAAAUUGAAGGACCCACUGAAGAGGGAGGCAUUACACAAGGAAGUGAGGAUGGAAGUGAAAGGGAGCAAGGACUAGGGUCCAAAAUGCUCUCUUACACCACAGACCUCAGCAACCCAGGCCCUCGACGUCGCCUCCCAAGGGAUUCUGUAACAUUUGAGAGUAGGAGGCUUUUCAGGAAGUCUUACAUGGAGGCCCUGCAGAACCCUAUGAGCCUCGGGUCCAGCUCUGAAUCCAUCCUUGAGGAGAGCCCAGAGCACAGUGCUGGACUGAGGGAGAAGACGGUAACACCCGGCAGCAGCCCCGAUACCCGGACGCCCUCCAGAGAUCUAUUAUCUCGGAGGCUGGGCAGCCGGGGCUGGCUCAGUGGUGAGGACUCCAGGCCCAGCACACCAUUACUUUAUUUACAGAGGGGGCUGAGGAGCGCAGAGAGGCGGGCUGAAAGACGCUCAAAGUCACUGGAGAGGACUAACAAGGCAGGACAGGUUAAAGGUCACAGAGAAAGAUCCUCUUCCGGAGGCUCAACUAGUAUCUCGCCAAAAAAGCUGAUGAACGGCUACACGCUUCGUUUCGGGAAGCUGGAUAUCGAGGCAGCUUUUCCUGGUUCUGAGAGGAGGAGCAGCAAAGAGGAACCAGGUAUGUAAGGAUGCACUGCAAGAUGUUACUGGAAGAAAAAACUUGUUCAUUGAUAACAGAAAUUCAGAAAUGUGCUUUGAUACUCGUAGGCCUCUGGUUCUUUUACAUGACUUGUAAAAAUCAUAUUCAAUUUAUUGAUAAAGUUGUAUGUUUGAAGAUAGAAGCUUUUAGAUUGGACACCAACAGUUUAAUAUACAACAACGCAGAUUAAAACUUCACACUGUUACAGUCAGCUAAAAAGAAAAUGUACAGCUGCUCACGAAUCAAAGCAUCCUUCACAGAAGACCUUUUAUAAAACAUGUUAUUUAAUGUUAGUUUCCUGUAUCUAUACUCUAAGUGACCUAUACUCUAAAGUCCACAUGUAGUGCACUACUAAACAUGUCUGGACAUCACCCUUGUGUGCUACAUGUGUAAAGGGGCAACUCCAGACAACACCUGGAUGGACCUGAGUCUCCAGUGUUGUUGUCAUAUGGCUUUACUUUUGUACUCUUAAUUAAGCUUCACUAACAGUACUUAGGUAUUUAUUCACUGUGUGGUAAUGAUAAUCAGAUUCUUCAUAAUCAAAAAUCAGUUGAGAUCACAACAAUUAGAUAAACAUCAUAACAGAUAAAGACAUGUAGCCAAAUGCUAAUAUAGCAUUUUGGAGAUCUGUUUGGUUUGUUUAAGGAAUGCAAAAAAUAUUCCCUCUUCAGAACCUCAAACGUUUUUUUAGUGGAAGGUGUGUUUUUAUCUGUGGUUGACUCAUCUUCGUAGUGCGUGACGUGUUGUUUCUCACUCAUCGAAUAAGACGACCUGAGGGUGUGAAAACUCAGUUUCACUCCUAGUUAGAUGAUGUGGAUAUCUCAUCGGGGUGUGUAUUCAUACCCUGCAGCAGGACUGGUUACAACAGUUCAUCACGUGGGUGCAGCUCAUAGCAGCCUAUAACACUGUCUGUCAGUGGUGAUUGCUGUUUUUCAAAUUUGUAUUUCUUGGCACGAUUAUGGGACAUGGUAUGGCCCUACCCUGGAAACAGUAUCAUGAUCAUACACAGUGUUAACUUUUAUCCUUUUCAAUCAGAUUUUUUGGGAUGGUUCAUACAGGGUAACUCAGGAAAAACGACGACAUGUGAGCACCAAAAAGGAAGUCAGACUGUUUUUAGAAAACAUGAAUUCUUCCGUGAAUUGAAAUGUGAAGAAAAGCGUAACUGAAUCCUAUUUGACACUGCAGCUAAGGUUAUAGUAUUGAUUUUUUAAAAUAUACUUCAGCUCAUGUCAGUUUUAUGUUUCUAAAAUUACCUCAGAGGGGGUUGUAUUUCAGCUGUUGCGAAGCAGGUUUCCCAUAAUGACAUUUCAAAAGCAACAAAGGAUCCUGUAAACCCUGUCAACCAGCCACAGGGACCCCAGUGUCCCACAAUGAGAUGACCCAAUGAGUGUUAUUUGGACUGGGGGCUGCACUGAUCCCAGAUAGGUUGCCUCAUUUACAAAAGUUUCCUUUGUGAAUCAAUCAGCCACCAGGGAUCCAUGGGAAAAAAGCCUUUCAAACUGUCCCCAUGUCUUUAAAGGGUCCAUUGAGUUCACAAACACAGGACCUAACUUGCACUGACUCACACCACGCUGAAAAAAAUGUACUCAGAGGUUUCACAUGCGUAUGAAAUGAGCCGUCAAACAAGCAAAGUCAAAACAUAAACAGCAUAAUCUACAGUAUAUUGUGUCUCUGUGUAAUCAGUUAGUCAAAUACCCACCUUCUGCUGCAGGUUCAGCUUCUGUGGUGUUUUAAAAAAAAGUCACCCUCAGACUACACAAAAAACAUACCUUCACACAGGACAAUACUCAGGAGGGUUUAACUCUUCACUUGUCACUUCCUCUCAAAACAAAGCGUUUUAGGAAACAUGCAGCAAACACAAGCCUGCUCACACAGUCCCACAGGAAACACAGUGACGGUUUUGAGGACAAAAGAGGCUGAGCUGGGAGGGUUUACUGUCACAGAACAGAGCAGGACGAUACGAGAGGCCUCAAACGGUUUAAAAAGACAACGCACAACAGGUGAACACAGAAAAAAGAGUCUGAAGGCCUGUCAAGGUUUGAUGAUUAUAUGAGGUUAGCUUAGUCUUUGUGUGGCUGUUGUCCUGGAAGAUCCAAGAAAAAAAUACUAUCAGCCUCAUCUGUACUCUGUUAGAUUUUAGCAUGCUAACACACCAGACAGACAGAGGUGUUGAACCCCAAACACAUUAAAGCUUUACUGUCAUUAUGAACAUGUUAGCAUGCUAGCAUUAGCACGCAGCUCAAAGCAGCACUUUGCCUAAUUACAGACAACGGUGCUGCUCGUAUUGCAGUAGACACUCUUAUUAUAUGGUGUUUUAAAUGUUCUCAUAAAAUGUUAGUGUUGACAAGUGUUACAACACUAUUAUGUACCAGAGAUAACAGAUUUUAAAAAAGCGUAUUUAUCAGUAGAAUAAAUGAUUUUACUACGGUCUGUUUGCAUUUGUUCUUUUAAGGAAAGAUUGUGAUAUCAGUAUGGAUUGAAAGUGGAGGAGGGUGAGUGAAUUUUUCUACCAAAACCAAAAAGACUAGAAGUAAAAAGAUUCUAGAUACUGGAGUCGUACUCUGACAUUAACACCUUGUACAUUAGGCACAGGUUUGUAAGAUGACAACGAAUGUCUUCAAGCCAGGAUAAUGCAAACUAUGUAAAGGCGAGUGGCAAACAUGGCAAUCAAAGUAGAGAGGUUGACGCACUUUUAAAUGACUAACCAAAUAUCUAGACCUUUUUUUUAAUUGUUACUAAGCGUGCAAUUUUUCUUUUUCAUUAAUGAGAUAGUUGAUGUAACUAUUUCAAGCUUUAUUAUGCCAUCAAAAUAAAAAAAGGAAAUGAAAACCACAAAUUGUUCCUUGGUCAAGGCAAAGUGAAUUGAUUUGGGCAUAUGGCUGUAGGGAUAAACUAUGAUGAUUCAAAUACGGCUUUGUUGGAUCAAGUCUGUGAAAUGUGGCACCUUUUGGGAAUGCCUGGAGCAGCAUUCUUGAAACAGAGCCCUGAAGUAUGACCAGCUGUGGAGAAGGGUAUGAAAAAAUAAAAGUCUAUUAGUGCCAAAGUUUAGCAUGAGUCAGCCCCACUAUACACCUGGUCUUUGUGAUGAGUCAGUUAGACCACACUGCUAGAGUUCACCCUUCUGGCGACCAACAGACAUGAGGAUUUACAACUGUGUCAAAAAUAUAACAAGGUGAAAUCAUGCUUCUAAUUUUGAAGUGUUGUUUUUGCAUUUUUGCUUGUUGACUACAAGUUAAACUUGUCUCUACAGGACAGCGUGAUGACAGCAUCAACAGUGAGAUCAGGGGGCACAGACACAGCACAGAGGAGUCACUCAGUCCGAAAGCUGCUAACGGAUCAGCCAUCAGGCUGGCGUCAAUAUCACGGUCUUCCUGUGAGAGUCUUACAGCCCUCCCUAAACUGGUGUCUGAGGUCAAUCAGGAGCUUCUCACAUCAGGCGCGGUGACUCUGCCAGGUAGAGCUAUGACACCCCUCAUAUUUGCCAUUUUAAAUUGUGUAACCCACCACUCCUCUUGCGGACACUUCAUAAAUACUUGUUUAGAGCGUUUUUUUUUAAAUGUAAGUAAGAAUUUUCAAACACACGUGGUCAUAUGUUAUAUCUCAUUCUAAAAUAAUUUAACAAUAGUUCAUUCAAAUUAUGACAUUUCACAAAAAUUGUACAUACAAACAUUUGGUAUAAAGCAUUUUAUCAUGUGUGUGUAAUGUGUGUGUCAGGAAUAACUGUUAACAACUCACUAACAAUGCCCACAUAGAUAAUGCAGUGUAACUGUUGUUAACAGUUAUAACACAUUAUAAUACCUGACCUUGUAAGUAAUAAUAAAAUGCUUUAUAAUGUGUUAUGAUUAUUGCUAUAAAGCAUUAUGAUCAUUUAUGAGUGUUUAUGACUAUAGUUAUACAAUGCUAUAAUGUGAUUAUAACACAUUAUGCAUAUAUUUAUAAUGCGUUAUAGAGAUAAGCGUCAAAUAAGGUGUUAACAAAUUUUUUUUUUAUUUCUGGUCAGAUUGUGCUAGAGGGGAUUAUUCGUCAUCAUUUCAUGGUUUUAUAUCCCAACAUUUAAAAUUUAACUAAUAUUUCUAUAACUUUUGAGGACUCUUUUGCUUGGAGUAACCUAAUCUAAAUAUUUCCCCUCUCUUCAGAGACCGAUGACAUGAUAACGCUGAGCUGCUUAAAGAUUCUUGUAAAUGCUGUGUACAUCAGGUGUUGACCCUUGCUGGCCUUCUCUCUUCCAGGAAACAGAGAUCGCAGUGGGAGGGCAGUGCUGCAGGUGUGCACCCGAUCUCAGGUGUGGGCAGGUGAGAGCUGCACGGUCAGCGACCUCACCUGUUUACUAGGCUACUACUUCUCAACACUGCGGUAAGUUGCACACACCUUAAUUUGUCUGUGUCAAAAAUAACUCUUGUAAAUAUCACACCUGCCCAUUACGCCUGAGGUGAACUUGAUAUCUGUCUCAUGAAGGCUUUUUAGACUCAUUGUUAUGGCAAUAAAAAAUAAAUUUAUCUAGCAGAUCAUAUACAGCGGAUUAUAUUUUCUGCGUAAAAAUGCCGCACUUUUUAAGUUUUUUUUUUUGCAUGUUUCAGGAAAGAGAGGCGUGAUCCAGGCCUGUCUGUUGUAAUAGACAGCAGGAGGCAACAGCCAGUUCCAGCUCUGUUGUCAUCUCUGUCUGAAUUGCAGGUGAGCCUGUCGUAGAAAAUAUAUAAUCAGCCCCUUCAACACACACCCAAAGAGUUUUCAGGCCCUGCCUACGUCUCUGUCGUCCUUGAAGCUUUAAUGUCAGGUCUCUCUCAGAGUUAUUACACUACAGCAUUCCUCACACUCUUCUUAUUGUUCUGUGUCUUGGUCCCUGACACUGUUUGGUUUCUUAAGGAGACACACCUUUGAAAGUGUGGUGACUGCAGUUCUAAGACAUUUUUGUGAAAAAGGCAGGCCUCAGGGCUCCUGUGGAGAAGCCUGUGCUUACUUGUCUGUUUUUAACCACACGCUGGGAGCAAGUGGGCUGCAGCUGACUCACAAGAGACACAUCAUCAUGUUAUAAUGAGGAGUUUCUUACUGAUGCAAGGAUGUUAAUUCUUUCAACUUCAAGGCAUACGUUUUAAAUCCUCCUUAACACAUGUCAGACAUUAUUGAGGUGUUAAUGUACAUAAAAUCCUAACUAACUGAACACUGUUGUGCAUGUUUUCUCAGGUAUUGGUACCAAAUGCACUUUACUCGAUUAUCUUCCUGGUGGACAAGGAGGCAGCAGCCAAACCUGAGAGAGAUAUCCACGUACAGGUAGAUUAAGAUUCAUGUUAUUAAGUAGUUGGGAGUUUGAAGUGUGUGCACUCUGCAGCAAGUUCACUUUCUAACAAUCUUUAGGUUGAUUCUGCUGAUUUGACUUUUUUAUGUGUGUGGUUUACUCUGAAUUGGCCAGCACCAGGUGUGGUUCAGCUGGGUGUGCUUUCAGUGCAUAUCUGUGGUAUAUGCGCUAUUUUGGCACCACUUAGCAUUCAAGCAUGUAGGGCACAACAAAAUGAAGUUCCUGUGUUCAGUCCUUCUGCUGCAAAAGCAAAACUCCACAUGGAAAUGAUUGUUUCCCCUAAAGAAUGUCUUUAUUUUUUACCUCUACUUGUCGAAUUGUGGAUUUAUUCUCCCAUAAAACUGCAAAACAUUUACCUUUUAGUAAAAGAACAAAAAGGGGUGCCACUGGCCUAGCAUUCGUGCAUGCACUCCAUAUACAGAGAAGUUAUGCCUUAAGCGGAUGGUUGGGAUUUGAUUCCAGCCUGCGACUCCUUUCCUGCAUGUCACAGCCUGCUCUCUCUCCCAAUUUCUUGUCCCAUAACCCCGAAAUGCCUGAAGUAGGGCAUACACAGGAAUCAAGGUAGAUGAUACUACUAGCCUUUUUAACAUUGCAAGUUUGUGACAGCGCUGCACUCAAGAUCUAUCGUCACCUUUUUACGUUUAUAUUGAUCCCACAGCGUAGUGCUGAUGUCCUGGUGCGACAUUUGAUGUUGCAUAGAUGUCCACCUUGAUCUGACAACAUGAAAAGGGCGACUAUGACGUGUGUGUUUGUGUGUUUUCUUGCUUCAGACUGAGACGCUGUCCUCUCUGAAAGCCUUACUGAAGCACAUCGAUCAAACCCAGCUCACAAGAGACCUAGAGGGAACUUUCCACUACGACCAUGACCACUGGAUACUUUUCAGACAGGUGCGUGUGUAAAGAAGUAGAAUAAAGACUUGAUAUUUGAAACAUAAAGACGACCAGUUCAGAACGACCCACUUUUCUUACAGAAAAUUGAACCAUUCGCCAGCAGUUGUAGCGCAGCCAUUACGUCCCUUCAGGAGUCCAUCAACACACUGAGCAACAGCGGCAACCUGAAGACCUCUGAGGUAAGAGCCAACCCCCAACCCUCUGCAGGUUGUCAGACCUCCUUAUUUAUGACACACAGCACACAAAGGUUCUGCAACAGCGCUCGACAGAGUUGCACCAUCAUUGCACCUCGGUUCUCACUUACUGCUCCCUGAAAAGUUUCACUACGAAGACCCCUUUGUUUGAAGUAUUCAUUUAUGUGAAAGGGGGCUGUUUAAAACGUGGCUAAGUUUACGAUUUUUACAAGCCGCUGCGUGAAGAUGUGCUAACUUUGCUUUUGUUGUCAAACAGGAGGUGUCUGAGGUGAUUGAAAAACAGCGGCGUCUUAUGAAGCAUGUGCUUGAAGACACACGUCUAAACAGGCUACGAUUAGAAGGAGGAACUGUCCUCGCCCGUAUCAGGAAAGAAGAGGCCUGUGAGAAUGAAAACUACAGGUACUACAGGAAGACUCUCCUUUACAUGACGAUGUUUAGUAGAAGUAAACUUUGCAGUCUUUACAAAACUCCGGCCAAAUACACCCCUGUGUUUCAUUCAGGAUCAUAUAGUAGUUACACUGUUUUACCUUGUUUACCCCUUUUCUUUGUUGCUCUGGUAUUGUUUCCUUAUUAUUAUUAUUAUUAUUAUUAUUAUUUUGUUUUUGAUGAUUCUUUUUAUGUUUUUAUUCUUUUUGGUUUUGUUUUAUUAUGCUUUCUCCCCUACCCCUAUCUGUUUUUGUUUGUUUCUGUUAGUUUUGUUUAUUAUAAGUAUAGAAUUUGUAAAUCAACACCACAACUUACUAUGCACAUAUUUUUCUGUUCACAUUUAUUUGUUUGGAUGCACUUAUUGGUUAAUAAGACUUUGCAGGCAUAGUUAAAUACCUGUUUUCUAAUUUUUGAACUUUUUUCUCUCUUUGUUGAUUCAGAGAUGCUGUAGACAUGUUAAAUGCACUGUACAACCAAGUAGAUGAAGAAGUCCACAAACUUGUGAUCCUGUCCAACAAGUCUCAGAAACAGUUAGAGAGUCUGCUGGAGGUGCGCAAGUUUGAGGAGCAAACACAACAGGUUGGCACACUCAGUUUCACACUAUCAUUUAUAUGUCUCUCUCCAAACAAAAGCUCAGUUAACAAACGAAUAAACCGUCUAUUUCCAGAUCAAACUGUGGUUCAGUGUAGAAGGAGAGAAGCAGCUCACCCCUUUGGAGUCCGUGACUCUGUCUGUGGCUAAAAUAAAGGAGAUGAGAGAGAGCUUGGACCAGUUUAUGGAGGAGUCCGUGGUAAACAACACUCAGAUGUUUAAACACACUCCUGUGAAUCAGAAGAUAAGCAGGCCUGUACUGAUUAGUUUUGUCCUUGUCCUCACAGCACCAGCAGAGGCAUGGAUUGCAGCUGGUUAAAGAGUCUCCUGAGUCCCUCCCAGGUUCUGCUCUCCUCGACUUUAAACAACACUUGGGCUCUGUUUUGGGCAGAGUGGAGAGGAGGAAGACCCAGCUGGACAUCCUGGCCAAUCUGUAUGAAUUCUACGACUCAGUGAGUAUCAUAAACAAAAGUCAAUAAAUAGCAUUGCAUUUUAUUUCAUGAUAUAGUAUAAUGUUCAAAUCAGGAUGUUGAACAAUGAAAUUACAGACUCUAAAGGAAUAAUGUUCGAAGAAAGGAUGCUAAAAGAUGGUUUCACUGUCAUACAAGACACCUCACUAUCCUGCAUUACACUUUAAUUAUAACUACAGGACCACAGUAAGACUACAUUUUGAAAGGGAUAUUCCAGCGUAAAAUUAAUUUAGGGUCAAACACACCAUAACACCGAGUUAGACACCCCCUCCAGAGAUGAAUGCUGCCAACCACUUGCUUCUCUAGUUCUACCAACUUUAGCAACGACCGCACGAUAGCAAUACACAGUGGUCUCAGGAGCCAAGAACAAACCUCAAAACACAACUCACCUACUCUCUUCCAGCAGCCGUUUGUUUGUAGUCAGACCUCGGGCCAGUCCAUUAUGGACUAGAGCGAGGUGACGCAGCUCAAGGAAGAACAUUUAUGAGCUGCGUCACCCCACAGCAGUCUGUAAUGGACUGGCCUGAGGUCUUGCUACAAACAAGCGGCUGCUGGAAGAGAGUAGGUGAGUUGUGUUUAGUCUCUUUGCUAAAGAAAUCAGGCAAAGUUAAAAAGAUGUUUGGUGGCUAGUACUAUGGCUGGGACCCUAUAUGUACUGUUGAUGAAGUUAGGUGCUGUUCUGAGCAUUACUUGUGGCUAUAGAGUGGAGUUUUGGUUGAGGUUUGUUUAUGGCUCCUCAGAUGGCUGUGUAUUGCUAUCGUGUGGUUGUUACUAAAGUUGGUAUAACUAGAGAAGCAAGCACGGCAACAUUAAUCUCUCGUCUAACUCUGUGUUACGGUGUGUUUGACCCUAAAUUAAUAUCCCAUCAAGAGGCAUCAAAAACUCAAAAAGCCCUCCUUAAUAAUCUCUAACUGAGAUCAAACUUAAGUUAGUCACUCUUUUACUUCUCUAGGUAAACCAGUGGAUGGAGCACUGCCAGGAUUACUUCCAUCAGCUGAGUCUAGACAGUGCAGGUGUUACAUUGUCAUCGUCUGUGGUCCAGAUCCUUCAGGAUUACUAUGCUGAGGCCUCCAAAUUCUCUGUGGACAACUUCAGCACCCUCAAUGACAUGGUUUUAUCUCUGGAGAGCCCUCAGCAGCUGCAGCAGUGGAACACAGUGUGGCACAAAUGUCAGCAGACCAAGCAGCAGCUGGAAGAGACUCUGUCUAAGACCAUGGCAGCAGAACCAAACUCCACAGAUGCUGAUAAACAGAUCUCAUCAAACACUCCAGAAAAGCAGAUUUCAACUACAGAACAGUGUGGAGCUAAUGCAUGCGUGCUUUUACCUGGAGCGCUUACACCAUUGACAUUUGAGGACAACAAGCCUCACUCGACUGAGCCUUUCUCGAAAAGCCCCUCCAGUUCGAUCUCCUCCUCCACACACUUCACUUUCCCCACCGACUGUGACAGCAAACAAAGGCACAGUCCGUCCAUGUUCGAGGACACUGACAGCGACUGCACCAUCGACUCCACUAUCUCCUGCCACUCAGAGCCCGUCUACUCCGGGGCUGCCCGUCUCCGCAAGCAACCCAUGAAGAAGAUCAUGAAGAAGACCAUGAGCUUUGAACUGGCCCGGAAGGACACAGGCCACUUAGACGUCAGCCACAUCCACGGCUAUACGGGUGUGUACAUCAAGGGUUUGGAGGUGGCUAAUAACGUGUCGGCAGAGAAGAAGCUGCAGAGACCUGAUGUGACGAGUCCAGCGUUAGGACGCAGUCGCAGCAUGUCUACACCCUCUAGAGUCCACAACAGACGAAGUGACGGAGAUGGAAAGAAACAGAGCAGGUGAGGAAGUGAAAUUUGUAACGCUAAGUUUCGUGACUGCUCUCCUGUCUCACACUGUAUCUUGUCUUUUAGUAAAGUGCAACACAUCAUGGAUGAGAUGAUUUCCACAGAGAGGGAGUACGUCCGCUCUCUCAGCUACAUCAUCGAGCACUAUUUCCCCGAGAUGGAGCGUCUUGACCUCCCCCAAGACCUGCGGGGGAAGCGCAGCAUUAUUUUUGGGAAUGUGGAGAAACUGUGGGACUUCCACAGUCACUACUUCCUGAAGGAGCUGGAGUCGUGUGCCCACUCCCCGCUGUCCAUCAGCAGCUGUUUCCUCAGACAUGUGAGUCCAGAAAAUCAGUCCGAGAAUCCUGAGGCAGCACAUGACAGCUAAAAAAACAACACUUAGUGACCUAGAGUAAAAGACAUCUUGCCAAACAGCUUUUGAAAUCCUGACUGUGAAGGUUUUACUGUAACACUCUUCUGAAGUUGUCCUCAGUACACCCUUGUUGUCUUUUCCGAGCAGCAUAAUUAAUGUAAUAAAAAGUCUGCAUACCUUUUACUGUAGUCAGUGUCCUGACUUGUUAAUCUUGUGCGCAGGAGGAUCAGUUUGGAAUGUAUGCCCUGUACAGCAAGAAUAAGCCUCAGUCUGACACUCUGCUCUGCAGCCAUGGCAACGAAUUCUUUAAGGUGAGUCUGAAAACUGGUCCUGUUUCUCACAGAGGGGCAGGUUCUGGGGUCAUCACUAAACCAAGACACAACAUAGUCUCUCAAUGCUGAUAUUCCUCCAAAAUUUAUGAGGAAAGUAUUUCUCAAUAUGCAAAAUGUAAAAUAAAGACAUACAAAUACUCUGAGGGACGGAGGAUUUAACUCGCCACAUUAAGGCUCUUAUCAGACUGUUUGACGAUACAGAAAUAACAAAAAUGAAACUCCUGAGCGAGGUCAAAUUCCAUCUUGUUUUUAAAGCACAAAUUCUAGCCUUCUUUUGCCAGUCGGGGUGCUGAGCUUUCACAGUUUGUGUAACCACAUACCCUCUACUAAAAUAAAGCUUAGACAGAUGUUUUAGUUCAUUCUCAAGAAGUGUCACCAUUGCACAACUUGUCCACCAGGGAGAGCUAAACCGUUUUCUUUUCAAAUUUAAAGUUAGAAACACAGUUAAAAUCAUUUUCUCAAUCUUUAAUGAUGUCAAAUGUAUUUUUUUUUAUUUCCAUCUUGCUUUAUUAUCUUUUAAAACUUUUUAAUGGGAAUAUUAUUUAGGUAUUUUUUUGAACAGUUCAUAUACAUUUAUUUGUAAAAUCCAACCAAGUGCUUUUAAAAAACAUCACAGUGACAGUUGAGUAACAAUAAAAAACAUAAAUGUUGGAAUAAAACAGAAAUAUUCACUCAUAAAAUAAGAACAACUCAAAACAGUGCUUGACUCAAAUUAAAGGUAAAGGAAAACUGAAAAGGUAUAAAAAAUUUAGACCCUAAACCCCUUAUAAGAAGAGAUAUCCAACUUAUAUGUAGUAGAUUUUUGUUACACCACACCUCUCCUGUUAGCAUAAGUAGCCUUAUGUUGUUAGGAAUGAUGCCUCGGUCAUUCCUGUAAAGAAGCCGUCUUCACUGUGUCCCGGCAGAAUAAGCAGAUGGAGCUCGGGGACAAAAUGGACUUGGCCUCUUACCUGCUGAAACCAAUCCAGAGGAUGAGUAAAUACGCACUGCUGCUCAAAGACCUGAUCAAGGAGUGCGGUCAGUCCCAGGAGCAGGAGCUAAGCGACCUCCGCACGGCAGAGGAGAUGGUGAAGUUUCAGCUUCGCCACGGCAAUGACCUGCUGGCUAUGGAUGCCAUUCGAGGCUGUGAUGUAAGUCAUUCACCACUGGUUCAGAAAUCAUGUUGUUACAAUGACUUGAUAUGAAUUUGAUAUCCGCUCAAAAAAAAUAAAUGCUUGACAUUAUUUUAAGAAUUUCUGCUCAGACAGAGUCAAUUGAUCUAUUUUUAAAUUUGAAGUCAUCUUGUUCUCAUUACAGUACAUUCAGGUCAGAGCCCCUGCUGAGAUGAUAUUGUUCUUACUGACGCAUGUGACCCACCCUGUUUCCUCUCCAGGUGAACCUGAAAGAACAGGGUCAGCUCCGCUGCCAGGAUGAGUUCAUAGUCUGGUAUGGACGCAGGAAAUACCUCCGCCACGUCUUCUUGUUUGAAGACCUCAUCCUCUUCAGCAAGACCAAGAAGAUUGAGGGAGGAUAUGACAUUUACAUCUACAAACAGUCCUUCAAAGUAGGAAUCCAUUGUUCCAAGAGACGAUUUUGUCACUUAACACCUCUACUGUAAAGACAAUAAAUCCAAUCACUCUUUUUGUAUUCUUUCUUCUAAAGACGGCAGAGAUUGGCAUGACUGAAAACGUGGGUGACAGCGGCCUGCGAUUUGAGAUCUGGUUCCGUCGGAGGAAGUCACAGGACACGUUUAUACUGCAAGCCAGCUCCUCGGAGGUCAAGGCGGUGUGGACAGCCAUCAUAGGGAAGAUUCUGUGGAGGCAGGCGCUCAGGAACAGAGGUGUUUUUCUCCGCUAUUUUCAUCUGAACAAUGACAUGACACUCAGACCCUUUACUUAAUCUUAGGCAUAGAGUAGAUUUGUCUUGAAAGAAUACUUGUUUUGGAUUUCAGAGCUGCGCAUGCAAGAAAUGGUGUCCAUGGGGAUUGGAAGUAAGCCUUUUAUGGACAUCAAGCCGAGUGACGCUGCUAUCAGUGACAGAGCCAUUGACUAUUUCAUGAAGGGGUCAGGUGAGCUCCUCUUGUGCAUUUCAUCCCUUAAAGCCUAUUUUAAUAUUUUCCUCUGCUUCUUUGAGUUAUUCUGUCUUCAGUUUCUAAACCUCUAACUUUUUUUGCUGAAAACACAAAAACUUGCAGACAAAUGUUUUUAUUAAGAGUUGUACUUUGAGCUUUUUGUCAACACGCCAAUUGUAAUCUUAGCUAAAAAAAAAUAAUAACAGAAAUGCUGUUGUUACAAUUUACUUCCUCCAAUUUUGUCAUAAAAAAACACAGAAAUUUUAAUAGAUUCUCGUUAUUCUUCAUCCCGCUCCUGAUCUCACAGCUGACUGCGUUCGCCUCUGCCCACAGAGUCUAGGACCAGAGCGUCCAUCGCCGUGCCCUCCUUUGAACACGCCACUUCGUUUAAGAGACCUCACUCCACCAUUUCCAACAGCAGCACCUCCUCCUCCAGCAGCCAGUCGUCCUCCUCACUGCUGGGCUCGCUCAAUCUUCAUCUCUACUCCUCACCCACUCACCCACACUCACAUCCGUACCCCAUGAGCGGUGUUCCAGCCUUCGCCCAGUGGCCCUACGACUGCAUAGAGGAGGACGAGCUGGAGCACGACAGUGGAAGCCAACCCUCAAUGAGUGGGUGUUUUUCUUUUCCUGAUGUAGAAUUUGUCAAGUCUGCAGUUUUCACUUUUGCCAUAAGGGGAAUAUGAGGAAAAGUAUCUUCGAUGAUUUUAAUAUAUUUUAGGAAGUACUAAACCUCAAAUAUAGAAAUACAUAUAAAAAUGGUUGUUAUAGUUUGAGCUUUUAUGUCACAUUUAUGGAGGAUUAGAUCAGGGUUUACUGUUAAAAUAUCAUGUCUUCUUUGCUGCUACCACUAGGAGCUGCCAGAGUCUGAAAACUUUUUAUCUUCUAAUUGGUAGACUGAUGAAAAAACUUGAACUUUUUCAGUUCUUGGACUUUUUUGUUUGUUUGUUUGAUUCUCAUUUGCAGCAUUUAUGUUUUUUUUUAUUAUCCAUCAGUUACAGAGAGCUUAGAGACGUCCUCACAGUGUAACUCCAGUGACAGUGGAACCAGGCUAAGCACCCUAACCAUAGCAGGGCACAACAGCAUCAUCAUGGACUCCUACAACAACAAUGAGCCCCCGUCCUUCUUGUGCUCCUCCGCACCGCCCUCCUCCAGAGUGUCUCCUUCGAUAUUCCAGAAAGAGGAAGACCUCCAGCCCCAGGGCACCAAGUUUAUCACAGCAGUGAGUGUCUGGUUGUGUUUCACAUUGCUGUCUUCUUUCGAGAUGAUCUGAUGUCAUACCACAGCCAAAACAGGUGGUUUCAUAGGAGUCUAUUUUCAGAAGGACAGUGUUAGGUGCAGCGGUGAAACAGUGACACUUAACUUCAUUACGUCCCCCUCUCUCGCAAGUCCUUCAUUCCGAUUUUAAGUCUAUUUGAAUGUAAAGGUAUAAAUACAAAUAUUUCACCAAAUUUCCCCGUUUUUACAGAGAUUUACAGAGAGAAUCUGUAACAUAUUCACUAUAUGACUUAACACCCUUACCUCCUUUUCACGUUUUUGUUAAUAGACAGUUUGUGUCCCAGAAAAUUUACAAGCUAUUCACUCUCUGAAAGAAGGACGUGUUGGCAGUCAAACAAACUAUGCAAACACAUACUAGAAGAAAAUCUAUUAAGUUUUCUAAACUGGUUAGGAGACCAGUUCCCUUUUCCUGACAAAGUAGGAAAAGAAAGAUUAAAGAAAAAUAGAAAUUAAACCAACAAGCAGACAAGCAAGUGUAAUUUUGUUCUUGAAAUUACCGUAAUUUUUUUAUCAAGAAAAAUGUGACAUUCUAUAUUCAUACCACCAACUUUUUGUAUCUUUAUCUUCUUUAAAAUACAAAAAAAUCAAUAUAAAUUUUUACUAUUAAUCUCUGUGUCACUGAAUAGUUUCAUAAAGCUCAUAGUGAUAGUAAUAUAGUCAACGUGAUUCGUAGAACCUAUACUCUCUAAAGCUCUGAGGGAGACACUGUUAAGUUAUCAUAUUAUUGUUAACAGCUCCUGCUUUGUGGAUUUCCCUUAAAAAAGAGGAAGAUUUUUCCCUCCUAUGGAUAAAUAAAGGUUAAUCUUAUCUUAUCUGAGACAGUAGAGGGUAGAACAGAUAAUAACUGCAAACAUCGAAGCUCCAUGCAGGUGUUGUAUUUAAAGGGACCUGACACCUAUAACCCAAAUGUAGUUAUGAUGAUCCAUUUCUGAAACAUCACCAAGUCUGUAUCCACGUCUCUUGACAGGAUUAAUUUAACAAUCAAAGUCUUAGUGUGAAAUAUGUAGUGUAUGACCAAUCCAAGCUAUAAUAUUUACACUGAGCCUGUUUUAUAUUCCAACUAGACACACAAAUCUGACAAAAGCCAAACAAAAACUGAAGACCUCAGACAGCUGUGCCUCCUUCUCUGUAUCACAUGUUCAUCAGAAUGAAUGCAUGGACUUAAUCAGACUGUUAAUUAUGAGACGGAUACUUAUUUAGCUCACAAACUUGAAGGAUUUUAGGGGUCAAGUGUUAAAAACUAAUUGAGACUUCAGCGUCACUCACCGACUUUCUACUGUUGUGUUUUUACCAGAGCAAGACCUCUCUAAUAGCAGUAGGCCUCUCUACUGUGGUGUGACUCACAGCUGAGGGCUUUAAGCUCUGUAAGUAACAAAUGUAACAACGGGGACAAAUCUGUUGUUUUCUUCACAGUCUAUUUAAUAACCAUGAGGAACCCACAGCCUGAGUACUAAUCUUUUGUGAAAAUGUGUUGUUGGUGGCUUUCCGGUGUGCUGCAUGGUGAAGUGUCAUUUUCUCAUGGCUUAAAGGGCUCUUGUCUCGAUGGGUGGUUUGUUUUUUAUCCUUCUGGCUGUUUGUCAUGUUUUCCUUUGUGUGCAUUCAGUGCAUUCAGUCGACUUGUGAGUGCGAAUUGUGUCAUGAAUAUUUGAAUGUCUGUAGUUUAGCAUGCUUUGCUACAAGCUUUGUUUGGGGGUUUUGUGGUGCAUUGAUUGUUCAAAGCAUCUUUGUGCAUGCGUCUCUGUUUUUGAAAAAUUGCAGAACUCCACAUAUACAUUUGUUUCUAAUGCUUUAACUGGACUUCUUCAUUUUGAAUUGACAAAGCAGUCAUUGUGUAUUUAUAAUUUAUACAUCAGAUUCAUGGGUUACAGAAAAAUUAAAUGCUUUAGAUAUUAGAUCACAAACAGCAGAGUAUAUUGUCUGCUUGUUUCUAUUAGCCCUUAAAUGCCUGAAACCAUAAAUUAUGGCCAGAAAAUUCAAUUUUUUUUGGAGCUGAAAUGUUUAUUUCACUUACUACUAAAACCAAAAAAAUCAAAAUGUCCUUAAAAUUUGACAAAUAUUUUUAUUUAUCCUGUUUGAUACAUUAGAUGUUUUUGAAAACUGAUUAACUACAAGAGGACAUUUUUAUCAUUUAUCAGACCGUAUUCGGUUGUUUUUUUUUGACAUUUGAUCAUAUUGAUAGAAGUAUCAUGAAAGUAUGUAUCAAAUAUACAAAAGGCAUUAAAGCGUUAGCAGAGAAAAAUAUACAAACAUGUGGAACAUUACCGGUAUUGUCUUAUCCUCCUUAUUUAAAAGUAAACAACCAAUUGUGAUUUUGCCUUUUUAAUUUGAAAAGCAAAUUGUGUCUUAUUUCAAUUUUGCUAAAAGUUUUUUGCAAUUUUUGCUGCCGUUACACAAAAAUAAAUCUCUAUACUCUGAGAUCAAUUUUCAGCUGUAACUUUAAAUUUGUAAAACUGUACUGUCCACUUUUGAUGCUGCUUUUUGAAAUUAUAACACUCUGCUCAGCUGUCUAAAAAUUGUAAGAAUUAAAGAUAAUUGUGACUGUAGCCAUAAAUUAGCAGGUUUAACAAGAGUGAAUAAUUCAAUUAAAUAAAGUGGAUAAAAAUCAUGUUUUAAUUUCUUGUUUCUUCUCUUUUUAUAGCUGUGA